AUGAGGGCCGGGUUUACAAGACAAGACAAGACCUGCUGCAACUUGAUUGGUCAAAGCUCGGUGCCGGUCCGUUCGAUUUCAGAUCAGGGAAAGAAAAGUCAGGACCCGGAGAAGUACAGUGGUUGUGAGAUGCACUGGCUGCUUAGAGUUCGAAUGGACACACCGCCUCCGGUCGGACAUUACCUACCGCAUGCCCAGAGAAGGUUGCUGCAGCUACAAGGUGGUUUCGAGCAGAGCCUAAUGCUUGACAGAGGACAGGGAAACAUAGGACAGGCGCAAAAAACGUGUAUACGGGAGUACAUUCGCUCUUACAGCAGCUCAGCUGGGCUGGGCUGUCAUGACUCAGAAGUGGUUCAUUCAAGGCGCUGA